AUGCCCAAGAGAAAGCUCGAUGCCCGCUCCUCCUCCUCCAACGCCAACCGCGACCAGCCCGGCUCCUCCAAGUCCAUCAACGAAGAGCUCUGGAAGGACUUGACCCCGGAUGAAGCGAGCUGCAUUAUAUGCCGCUCGCUCCUCAUAGAGCCCGUGGUCUUACCGUGCAAAUGCACAACCAGGACCCGGACGCCGGUUUGCAGAAGCUGCCUGGUGAGGUUGGCUGACGCUACCAAGAGCACAUGCUCAGCCGAAUGCCCACGCUGCCGAACUCGUCUCUCCGUCUUCUUUAGGAAGACUUCGAAAAACGACUACAUAGACGCAGUGAACGCAUCCUUGGCGAAAGCGAUCGAAGAGCAGCGCGAACGCCUGGAGGACGAGAUCGAGAACCUCGAAGCAGCCCCAAUCCCUCGACUCAUCGCCAGAAAUGGGGAGAUCCGGCAAGAAUUCGACGAAGGCCAGAAGAGAGCAAGAAUGGAUUUCGAGAGAGAGAAGAAGCAGGAAGAAGAAGAAAACAUCAGAAGCCUCAAUCAGAUCUUCUCGAGAUCUGAGAUCGAGGCACAGAGCAAGCUACUGAAGAAGUUCCAGCCAAACAAGGCGCUCGACUCCAUCUCCCCGACAUCCAAGCAGAUUCUCGCGGACGAGAUGAUUGCGAGAAGGAUGCAACGAGAAUGGUCGGGUCCAGCGAAAUUUGUCGUUCCAAAUACAGCCGGCCCAGCAGAAGCAAAACGAAUCAUCGCGAAGGCCAAAAGGGAAAUGCUGGGACGAAAUAAAACAAAAGACCGAUCGGUCCAGAGCAAGAUUAACUUUUUUCCUAAGAAGUAG